AUGCAACACAAUGUGCUAACUGAUCCCCAGGCUGGGAUCUACUUGUGGUGGAAGUACAUUGAUGAGAACAAGAUUUCUAUCCUGAAGGUGCAUGAUGCCAACCUAUGCAACAUGACCAAGGAAUUUGCAAUACAGCAGAAUGAGGCAAUCCCUGGGGCGAUAGCAAUAGACUACCACGAGCAGGUAGAGGAGAGAGCGCAGAUGGAGGCUGAGAGGUUGGCCAAGGCACCAUCCAUGCACACCUGGGGCCAAGUAGCAAGAGGUGAGGGCCAAGACCAUGCACCAGAAGACACCAAAGGAAACCUGUCAAGAGGAGCUGCACACUCAACAGGGGAGGGCUCUGGUAGUGUGAGCAAGGGAAAAGGGAAGCAGAAGGCCACCAGCAAGGAGGAUGAGCUGGCUGAUGACAUCAAUGAUGACAAGGGUGAUGGCAAACCAGGUCCACCCACAAAGGGACCUCAUGCAGCUGGGGACAAUGAGCCCUGCAAGACAUGUGCCCAGGCAAACCUCAUGUGUGUCGGGGAGCCAGAGGCAUCCUGCAAACAGUGCAGGAAGGCAAAAUGCAAGUGCUCAUGCUCUCAAGGUGUAGGGAGAAAGCGAAAGAACUCCAGUACCAUUGGGGAGGCAGGGCCAUCCCACAAACGAGUCAAAUUGUUUAUGACCUUGAAGCUGGCCCCAUCAGAACCCAUGACCAAACCUGUCAAGAAGCUUACUCUGAAAAUUCUGGCUCGAAAAUGGCAGCCUGAUCUGACCCCCACAUGCUCGCCUUCACCAGAUCCAGCUCCUUCACUUUGUGAUCCUUCGCCAACACCCCAUCUCUUUUUCCACAGAGCCACUCCAACACCCAGACCUGCACCCAAGCCCUCACCAGUCCUGGUUGAUGAUCCUCAUGCAUCACUUCCAAUCGAUGAACUGCAAGUUGAGAUCAAACCAUUCAUUGCGACUGCAACCAGUUUACUGGACAAACCUGGAGAUGUUGAAGUGAUGGCCCAGAGCGACACUCCAUCAGCCAUGGAAAUUCCGGAGGUUGAAUACCCACACAAGCAGUCAACAGCAAACAUUGUUGAGCAUCUGCAAGUGCUCGAGGCAAGGGCCAAGGAUGAGGAAUUCAAGCUGGAGCAGGUCUACCAGCUGCUGGAGAUGUUGGCAAGGCAGGUAACACAUUGGAUCGAGACUGCAUGGGCUAGAUGGGAGGAGCUGCAAAGGUUGAAGGAUGAUCUCCAGAACCUGUAA